AUUUAUGAUUAGAUCGUUCAAGCGGACAAAUAUUUUCAUCGAAGAUUUAGUCUGCUCUUUAGUUCAAUUCGUCUAUCCAUAGGUCAAAGGGACUCCAAGAAUAAAGAAUAAUGUGAUAUGUUUAAAAAUUAUUACUUAUCUACGAUGGCCACUUUCUGUCGACAUUGGCGACUUUGGAUAUUACCAGUAUUGACGUGCUUUUAUGGUCUCCUCAUUGUUAUACUUGUACCAAUCCUAUUAGCUAAUUCUAUAAAAAAUGGCUUCAAAAAGCAAGAUCAAGGUGCUUUGGUCGGAGGAGCUUUCGUUCUUCUGGCUCUUCCUAUUGCAUUUUAUGAAAUUGUUCAACAUAUGAUUUACUAUACUCAACCAAGAUUACAAAAAUAUAUCAUACGUGUAUUAUGGAUGGUACCUAUUUACGCAGUUAACGCAUGGCUUGGUUUAGUUUACCCAGAUGGAAGUAUAUACGUGGACAGUAUAAGAGAAUGUUACGAAGCUUACGUUAUUUACAAUUUUAUGAUGUAUUUAUUCGCUUAUCUGAAUGCCGACCAUCAGUUAGAGCAUAGAUUAGAGAUUUCACCUCAAGUACACCACAUGUUUCCAUUGUGUUGCAUUCCCGACUGGGAAAUGGGUCGUGAAUUUGUUCACAUGUGUAAACAUGGAAUACUACAAUAUACGGCUGUUCGACCAAUAUCAACGCUAGUGUCAUUCAUUUGCGAAUUAAAUAAUGUGUACGGAGAGGGAGAGUUUAAAGCAAGUGUCGCUUUCCCCUACAUGAUUGCUUUAAAUAAUUUAUCCCAAUUUGUGGCUAUGUAUUGCUUAGUUCUUUUUUAUCGUGCCAAUGCAGAAGCACUGAAGCCUAUGAAACCUAUAGGAAAAUUUUUGUGCAUUAAAGCUGUUGUUUUCUUCUCGUUUUUCCAAGGAGUAUUAAUAGCAGUACUCGUGUACUUUGAUGUUAUAUCAAAUAUAUUUGACACGGAUAAUACAGCCGAUAUAAGGCAUAUAUCAUCAAAAUUACAAGAUUUCCUAAUUUGCAUAGAAAUGUUCUUAGCUGCCGUCGCACAUCAUUAUAGCUUUAGUUAUAAGCCUUUUGUUAAUUUGUCCCAAAGUCAAGCAUGGUGGGAUGCAUUUAGACAAAUGUGGGACGUAUCCGACGUACAUAACGACAUUAAGGAACACUUGGGUGUAGUUGGAUCUUCCUUAAGUAGACGAAUACGCGGCCGCGGAUCAUACCAGCAGACCUGGAGUAGCGCAGACGAAAGAACUUCAUUACUUCCAGAAACUUUGGUUGUCACGGCAAAAAGUGCUCCGACCGCCUCUUUUUCGGAUUAUCACGCCGAAUCAGGAAAAAGUUCAAGUUCGAACGAAUGCGUUGAAGGGCCUGCCGACGUUAUUACUCCUGAUUCACCUCAGAACAGCAGUAAUACAAUAAUUACGUAGCCAUCCUUCAACCUUGCUAUACAUAUUCGCCAAAAUUUUAAAAUA